UGAUCUCUCUCUCUCUCUCUCUCUCUCUUCUCUGUUUUUCUCUCUCUUGAUUGAUGGCCUCCUCUUCAGGGAGCUUAGAAACCUCAGCAAACUCACACCCAGCAGCCUUCACUUUCUCAACGCACCCAUUCAUGACCAACUCCUUCUCCGACCUCUUAGAAGCCGGCACAGAUGAGUACUCGAACCCACCUAGAUACAUCGGCCAGGGCGGGCUAUCGGAUCGAAUUGCAGAGCGUACUGGGUCCGGCGUACCCAAAUUCAAGUCCCUACCGCCGCCCUCACUGCCCAUUUCUCCUCCCUCUAUAUCUCCAUCUUCCUACUUUGCUAUCCCACCUGGAUUGAGCCCAGCUGAGCUUCUUGACUCUCCUGUUCUCUUAAACGCUUCAAACAUUCUUCCAUCUCCAACUACUGGAAGCUUUGCAGCUCGUGGGGCCUUCAAUUGGAAGAACAACCAACAGAACGUAAAACAGGAGAGCAAGAACCACUCAGACUUCUCUUUCCAAACCCAAGCAAGACCUCCCAUUUCUUCAUCAUCGUCAAUGUUUCAAUCCUCAAACACCUCAAUUCAAACUACACAAGAGCAGGCAUGGAACUCUCAAGAACUCCCAAAGCAAGAAUCUGGUUCUGUUCAGACCUUGUCAUCUGAAUUGACCACCAAAACUCUCCAAAGUAAUGCUCCGGCGAAUGGCGGUUUCAACCAGCAAUCUCAGACCUUGAGCAGGAAGUCGGAUGAUGGUUUCAAUUGGAGAAAAUAUGGUCAAAAACAAGUGAAGGGAAGUGAAAAUCCCAGAAGCUAUUACAAGUGCACUUACCCUAAUUGCCCAACUAAAAAAAAAGUAGAGAGGUCAUUGGAUGGACAAAUCACUGAGAUUGUUUACAAGGGCAAUCACAACCAUCCCAAGCCACAGAACCCUAGAAGAUCAUCAUCAAAUUCUCAUGCAAUUCAUGCUUUCAAUCCCACCAACACCAAUGAAAUCCCAGAUCAAACUUAUGCUAAUCAUGGCAAUUCACAAAUGGAUUCCAUUGGAACUCCUGAGCAUUCAUCGAUAUCGAUCGGGGACGAUGAUUUUGAGCAGAGCUCUCAGAGGAGCAAGUCAGGAGGAGGGGAGGAGUUUGAUGAAGAUGAACCUAAUGCAAAAAGAUGGAAAAAUGAAGCUGAUCGUAAUGAAGAAAUUUCAGCACCUGGGAGUAGAACAGUGAGAGAGCCUAGAGUUGUAGUUCAGACAACUAGUGACAUUGAUAUUCUAGAUGAUGGAUACAGAUGGAGGAAGUACGGUCAGAAAGUGGUAAAAGGCAACCCAAAUCCAAGGAGCUACUACAAGUGCACAAAUCCAGGAUGUCCAGUGAGAAAGCAUGUUGAGAGAGCUUCUCACGAUCUUAGAGCAGUGAUCACAACCUAUGAAGGGAAGCACAACCACGACGUCCCUGCCGCUCGUGGCAGCGGCAGCCAUGCUGCUGUCAAUAGGCCUAUACCAAACAACAACAACAAUGUAGCUUCAGCAAUGAGGCCUAUAACUCACCACACUAACAAUUCUGCUAAUACCAACUCUCUUCAAAACUUGAGGCAACCAACAUCAGAAGGGCAAGCUCCCUUUAGCCUAGAGAUGUUGCAGAGCCCGGGAAGUUACGGAUUCGUGGGGUUCGACGGAAACUCCUUGGGAUCAUACAUGAACCAAACACAGCUUAGUGACAUAUUUUCUAAAGCCAAGGAAGAGCCAAGGGAUGAUGCAUUUUUUGAAUCAUUGCUGUGCUGAUAGGGUUUUUUUUGAAGUCUCAUAUUUCGGGAAAGGGAUUAAACCGAUAGGAUAUUCACACACACACACAGUCGGGUUCUUUCCAUUCGUUUCUUUUAUUGUUCGUUUAUUGUGUUGUGUAUAUUUUUUUUUACAAUUACAGGGAUUGUUUUAUGUAUAUUCAUAAUUGUAUGGGCACGUAGGAAGAAAGUUUGUCAAUGGCUUUUCAUUUUUUUUUUCUUUUUUGUUUUGAGGGUUUUCUUUGCUAUCUCAGCUAAAGAGCCUCGAAUCAAUUUUUUUUUUUUGUAUCCCACAUAUGUUUAUUUUAGUUCAAUAUUAUACCAUUUGAAAUGUGGUUUCUUUUCCCCCUCA